CGCACGGUUAGCGUCGUUCGUCCGUUCGUUCGACGACCAUCCUCCGUUUUCAAUCACCCGGUGUACUUUGUGAAGUGUACAGCACCGCGACUCGCAACAUCAACAACAAAUUGGCCAGCUUCGCAGAGUGGCCAUUGCGGUGGUGUCGAGUGUGAUAGCCUAAAAGCUUACCCAGACCGAGCUGCGUUGUGAAUACGCCAUGUGAAACGCAACAGCAGCCCACAAACGAAGCAGUGUGUGGUGUGGUGCGGUGUGGUGUGUGUAUGUGUGUGUGUGCGAGUGUGUGUGUGCGCGGGUGUACGUGUGUGGCUGAGUGUGUAUGCGUGGGUAUGCGAGUUCGAUUUUCCCACCCGCGCGCGUGCAGUUGUGGUGGUGAUUUUGUGCAGCCGGCUGUGCAACACGGAAAACAAACCCAUCUCCCCCUCCCUACCCUCGGUGCGGGGGCGAAGAGGCGGUGUGUGAAGUGUGUGGUGCGGGAAAUGGCCGCACGGUGGCCGUGAUCGAAAUUUGUGUUGGAUUUUUUUCCCAUCGUCAUCACCGUGCAAGCACGUGCCCCGCGAGGGAAAAUGAGCGGAAAUUGUUGAUUUGUGGAAAACAUCACUCGUCAGGCGGUGCGUGUGCGUGUGUGUGCGUAUGGUAGGCGUUCGGUGAAGAAUCGAAUUUUCCGAACACGGAGCACCCAGCGCAGAGCACCCGGGCCCAUUCGGCCUAUUUUAUCACCAUCACCCCCCAAUUUUGCGCCACGUGAAGCUCGUGAAACUAAUGCGCGCUGCACCAUCAGCAUCACAUCGUUAACGUGCACGAGGAGUUCAAGAUAAACAAACGUAACGUGAGCAGCGCCAUCGGAGCUCCUCCCGCGAGCGGCCACGCAAGGAAAGUGUUUCCCGUCCUCUCUCGCCUGUGCGGGCUGUGUAGGAGUGUGUGCAUUUCCGUUCUGAACCCAACCGCCCGCCCGCCCGCCGCACGAUGACGAAGAAGUUCGAGUUCAACUGGCAAAUUUCGGUGCCGGAGCCGCUGCUGACAGGAUGCGUGUUCGACCGGUGGACGGAGGAGAAGGACAACAACGAGCUCGAGCCGAACUGCACGUUCAAGGUGGACGAGUACGGGUUCUUCAUCUACUGGAAAAGCGAGGGCCGGGAAGGUGACGUUAUUGAAUUAUGCCAAGUCAGCGAUAUCAGAGCGGGCGGAAUGCCAAAGGACAUGAAGCUGUACAAUCAACUGUGCAACAAGCAUGGUGAAAAUGUGGAGGAAAAAUCACUCACCAUCUGCUCGGGCACGGACUACAUCAACAUCAACUACCAGCAUGUCGUCUGUCCGGAUGCGGCCACGGCGAAGAUCUGGGUUGACGGUUUGCGGAAAAUCACCCACAACGGCAAGGCCAACAAUUUCUGCCCCAUGACCGCCCUCAAGAAGCAUUGGAUGCGGCUCGGAUUUCUAGUCGAUCCGCGGGGAAAAGUUCCGGUCAAAGUGGUCGCCCGUACAUUCGCUUCCGGAAAAACGGAAAAGCUUAUCUAUCAGAUCCUGGCCGACCUGGGGCUGCCGAGCGGUAAGAACGACUCGAUCGAGAAGGCUGACUUUACGUUCGAAAAGUUCUACGAGCUGUACCACAAAAUCUGUCCCCGCAACGACAUCGAAGAGCUGUUCCGCUCGAUAACGCAGGGAAAGGCGAAUUCGAUCAACCUGGACCAAUUUAUUAACUUCCUGAACGAGAAGCAGCGCGAUCCGCGCCUGAACGAAAUCCUCUACCCGCUGUACGACGAGAAGCGAGCACUGGAAAUCAUCAACAUGUACGAGCAGAACGAUGAGGCGCGUGAAGCAAAAACACUCACCAAAGAUGGACUCAUUCGGUACCUGAUGUCGGACGAGAAUGCGCCGGUGUUUCUCGAUCGGCUCGACAUCUAUAUGGACAUGGACCAGCCGCUGUCGCAUUACUACAUCAACUCGUCCCACAACACGUACCUGUCCGGGCGGCAGUUCGGUGGCAAGAGCUCGGUGGAGAUGUACCGCCAGACGCUGCUGGCCGGAUGUCGGUGCGUCGAGCUGGACUGCUGGGACGGCAAGGGUGAGGACGAGGAGCCGAUCAUCACGCACGGUAUGGCGAUGUGCACGGACAUCCUGUUCAAGGACGUGAUCUACGCGCUGCGCGACACGGCCUUCGUUACCUCGGACUACCCGGUGAUCCUGUCGUUCGAGAACCACUGCUGCAAGUCGCAGCAGUACAAGCUGGCCAAGUACUGCGACGAGAUUCUGGGCGAUCUGCUGCUGAAGGAGCAGUUGCCGGACUACCCGCUCGAGCCGGGCGCACCGCUACCGCCGCCCUCGUUACUCAAGCGCAAGAUUCUCAUCAAGAACAAACGGCUGAAGACGGAGGUGGAGAAGAAGGAGCUGGAGCUGUUCCUGCAGGGCGAGUUCGUGAUCGAGGACGAGGACAAGGAGGACGCCAGUGCGGUCGAUGUGAAGAAGAUCGAAGAGCUGGCGGCGGCGGGGGGCGCUCCGACGGCGGCCGCGGUGGCUCCGGUGGCGGCGGCAGCUGCCUCGCAGGACGGGGGCGAUCCAGAGGCCCCACCAAUCCAGUACACCGGCUCGACGACCAACGUGCACCCGUGGCUGUCGUCGAUGGUGAACUACGCGCAGCCGGUCAAGUUCCAGUCGUUCGACUACGCGGAGAAGAAGAACGUGCACCACAACAUGUCGUCGUUCGCCGAGACGACCGGCAUGAACCUGCUGAAGUCGCAGGCGAUCGAGUUCGUGAACUACAACAAGCGCCAGAUGUCGCGCAUCUACCCGAAGGGCACGCGGGCCGACUCGUCCAACUACAUGCCGCAGGUGUUCUGGAACGCCGGCUGCCAGAUGGUGUCGCUCAACUUCCAGACGUCCGAUCUGCCGAUGCAGCUGAACCAGGGCAAGUUCGAGUACAACGGGAACUGCGGGUAUCUGCUGAAGCCGGACUUCAUGCGACGCGCGGACCGUAGCUUCGAUCCGUUCGCGGACGCACCGGUCGAUGGGGUGAUUGCGGCUUCCUGUGCCGUGCAGGUCAUCGCCGGCCAGUUCUUGUCCGACAAGAAGGUGGGCACGUACGUCGAGGUGGACAUGUACGGACUGCCGUCGGAUACGGUGCGCAAGGAGUUCCGGACGCGUAUGGUGCCGGCGAACGGUCUCAAUCCGGUGUACAACGAGGAACCAUUCCUGUUCCGUAAGGUGGUGCUGCCCGAUCUGGCCGUGCUGCGAUUCGGCGUGUACGACGAGAACGGUAAGCUGCUAGGACAGCGUAUCCUGCCGCUGGAUGGGUUGCAAGGCGGCUACCGGCACAUUUCGCUGCGUACCGAGGCCAACUUCCCGAUGUCGCUGCCGAUGCUGUUCUGUAACAUCGAGCUAAAGAUCUACGUGCCGGACGGGUUCGAGGACUUUAUGGACGCGCUAUCCGAUCCGCGAGCGUUCAUGGGCGCAGCCAAGGAGCGCUCCGACAACAUGAAGGCGAUGGGCAUCGAGGAGACGGGCAAGAAGGACAAGGACGAUCAGGCGAAGCGCGACGAGCAGAAGGUAACGGAGCCGCCGCUCGUGUUCGAUCCGAUCACGGUCGACUCGCUGCGCCAGGAGAAGGGCUUCCAGAAGACGGCCAAGAAGCAGCAGAAGGAACUCGACGCGGUCAAGAAGAAGCACGCGAAGGAGCGGGCGGGCGUGCAGAAGCAACAGAACGCUGCGAUCGAGCGGCUGAUCAAAGGCAAGAGCAAGGAGGAGAUCAAGGCGGAUCCGGCCGUGCGCAAGCUGAUCCAGGAGCAGAACGCCCAGUGGACGGAGAUGGCCGAGCGGCACAAGAAGGAGGAAUGGGACCUACUCAAGCAGCAGCUCGCCGACCAGCAGGACAUCCUUCGCAAGCUGAUGGAGACGACACAGGCCGCCCAAAUGAAGCAGCUCGAGGCGAAGCACGAGCGCGAAAUCAAAGAGCUAAACAGCCGCCAGGCGAAGAUCUCGGUCGAGACUUCGAAGGAGGUGGCGAACGACAAAACACUCAAGACCAAGGGCGAGAAGGAUCGACGGUUGCGCGAGAAAAAGCAAAACAAUAUCAAGCGGUUCAUGGACGAGAAAAAGACUGCCACCAUCAAGCAGAACCGGGAGAAGGAAAAGCUAAAGGUCACCCACGACAAGCAGCUGGAGGAGCUGGCGAACGAUGUGCAAAAGCUGUCGGAAAACGGAAGUAGGCUUAUAGGUAGUGAUAGUAGCGCUAGUAUUGAUGCCGAGCAGCUGAUGGCCAAGUCGUCGGCAAGCACGGCAUCACUCACCGGCCCGAACGCCGUCGCGGGAUCGAACAACAAGGCAGCCCCAGCCCCGGCACCACCCGUUGCUGCGUUCCGGAGCGUGUCAACCAUUCCUCCGCCAUCGGCGCAGCAUCUGCUCCGACUGAACACCAUCGAAGAGGCGAAACGAGAGAACGCCAAACAGAGGGCCGACUGUCCCUGCAUUUGCUCCUGAGAACCCACCUUCGCAUUGAUGCCGCUCCAAAGGAAAAUGCAUAAAGCAGCGCGCCUUUAGUGGACGCUUUCUGAUUCGUGCUGAAUGCAAAAAAGUAUUAUUUAGUCAAUCUCAUCGAAAUGUACAAAGUGGACGAAGAGGAAUACAAGCUGGCAUCGAAGUACGAGUUUUUCGCCUAAACCGACCGGAACGUCCGGAUCUCAAUCCUCCAAUCAUAUCCUGGAUCGUAGAUCGAAGGCUGAACGGUGGUCAUACAGAAAUAAGGAUAACGGCUUGAGAGUUUCGGCGGGGUUGUGGACCUGAAGGACCUAAAGAAUCGUUUGUGAUGUUGUGCGUCGUGGCAAGCCGCCACGGAUCUCCAGCUAGCUAUUUUGUUUUUAUUUAGUUUAUGUUAAAGAACCAACUAGUUAUCGUACCGGAUUGUUGUAACUACCGGGAAGGAAGGCAUCAAGGAGAGUGUAUUUACGUCCAGUAUCCACCCUAUACAGUUUAUGAACCGAUAAUACCGAUACCGGCAACCCAACAGUUACCUUCGUUCAUGGUUGUUCAUGGCUGAAAGGUCCUAUCGCAGCAGGGAAAACUGUCCACGCGCCACGUGGGUGAACAAUAGCGAUGUGCAAUGCAUUUGUCCAAAUCACAUACAUAUGUAAACUUAAAAUCCAUACAAACAUAUACACAUAAUCUAAGAGGUCUAAGGAAGAGAAAACCAAAGCGAAAGAACAAUUAUAGCGAUCAGCGAGAACACAUUUUCUUGCCUUUUUUAUAGUCACAUGUUUUCCAUUUGCCUGAAUGUUAUAGUUCUUUUUGCUGUUUGCUAAAUUACUUUGUUAAUGAGAAUAUGUCUAAAAACACUUUGAUUGGCUGUAGCUCUUUAGUGUUAGUAGAUCAGUUUAAUUUAUUUGCGAUCGGGCAUUAUCGAAAAAAAGUCAAUUGAGAAUGAACAUUUUCUAGAGGAAUCGUUCCUUCUAUACCAUUCGCUUGAGUUUCCGAUUUUGUGAAAGGACAAAUUGAUUGUCGCUAGCAAUUUUAUUCUAUACCAAGGACAGGCCAUGCACUUGAUAAAAUCAAUCCUAGAGAAAUCCAAUAAACAAUAAAAAGGAAAAGAAAUCAAACAUCGCUCGAAAACAACGCGAAUGAAACAGAAACAGAUAUCCAAAUUGUACAAUCUCUUUGAUUGAUUGAUUUUCAUUUGUUAGAAGGACCAGUGAACUUGUUGCAUGUGAAAAAAGCAAGAAACAUUAGGAAACCGAUUGAAAAUCAUUGACCAGUUACCUUUUAGUAAGAGCCACGGAACAAAGAUGAGGCAAUUGAUACCAAAUUACACCCAAAGUAGCAGUAUGAAGGUAUGAAACACGCUGUUAACUUGUCAAACAAUACUUGUAUUAUGUUCUAAUCAAAAUUAUUAAGUAGUAAAAAGUUGAGUUCUCUUGUCUUUUCGACAGAAUCGCGCGCCCGCUGAAAAAAAACGAAUCAUGGAGGAAAUGUCUGCUGAUUUAGUUAUUGCAAAGGGAAGAAACUUUUCCUAGAGAUUGUUUCGAAUCCAAGCACUCUUUCUAUAUGCGUCCAUUGCCAUGGUGAGACCUGAUUAACUUACUCUGUUGUUUAGAAAUCCGUUAAACGUGCGUGUUUCAACCUUUCCGGCGUUGAAUGCUAUAUAACUAGCACUUUUCAAUGUUCGUAAGCAAAUUAGCAACAUUUAAAACACGUACACCCAAAUCUAACGAAUGAACGUGCAAUCCUGUGUGCGCAAACGAACGCAAUGCGAAUGAGAGUCAUAUUAGUGCCUAUUUCGAGACAACCGAACCGGAAUUCCUCUCCAAUGCCACGGAACUGGAUCUGGGAGGUUGAUCUCGUCGUCUCAGUGUCCUUCUUGAUCAUUCCUCUCGUUCCUUCCUUCCUGGGCGCUAUCGAAAAUCGGCAGACGAAAAAGGGGGGUUGCGAAAGGAUGAAAGGAAGGUCCCUUUUUAUUCAACCACAUCAUAUUGCACUUGCCUAGAUUUGUUGUGAAACAUUUUUUUCCGUUAACUCUUGCUGCAGUGGUGCGCAGUGAGGUCCCGGGACAUACAGCUAUUCAAAAUCCAGCGUUGACAGAUAAAAAAAAGAAACACUCUAGUCGUUUAUGUUUUAAGCAGGUUACUAUCAUAAGCGCCACCGGAAGCGGGACACAAUUGUCGGCCUCCAAAACCCUCGACGUCGGUGGUGUAAUAUGGGACGUUAAGGAAACACCAGCAGAGCAGGAGAGAAGGGAAAGGCACGCACAUACAAAAAUAUCAUUCCUAACUAUGUGUCCCUCUGAAGAGAGACAGGAGCAGUGAACAUGGGACACACGGGACAUACAUCCCGAGAAGAAGGAGAUUAUCUAUUAAAUGGAAACAAGAAGUGCUUCUCUUCGCCCGGUUCCGAGUACCGGAAGGCGAGGGACCCCUUUUUCUUGGCCCAAUGGCCCCGGUCAAAUCGGUCAGCUGUGGAGUGUAUUCGCCAGCCUUUUUCUUCUUUUGGACGCCGCUCGUUUCCAGUCGUCAAUAAUAUAUGAAUAAAACAAUGAAUACAGACAAGAGCAUAAUAAAUAACUAUCAACCAUAAACUAGUGAAACGAUACUGUUAUAUAAUAAUACAAUUAAUAACUAUAGCGUUAGUAGAAAGGACGAAUACUUUCGGUGUGUGUGUUCUCUCUUUCGCUCUCGGACCAGUUUGUACCAGUUCAGUUUGUUUUUUAAAUUAAAAACCCAUCCAGCCCACUGUUUGAGCACGUAGCCAAACUCGUAGUUGAUUUUAUAGAGAAACGAAGAAACAUGCAAGAGCUUGGGCACACGAACUAAGGAAAUACGGUAUCGGUCGGUCGGCAUGAUGGCAACUUGGCUGACCAAGGAAGCCCGAUGCGAGUGAAAUGAUUAUAGCAUUGUUCAAAUCACCGUUCCGUUAUCAACAAUUCUCCUUAGGGAAUGCAACAAUGAUGAUGAAUUCAAAUGAAAAACAAAUG